AUGUUGGAACUCUCCACAUUCACCUCCUCCGUCAUCCCUUAUAAGUUACCCACGCUGUAUGUUGCAAUCCUCUCCUUACUGGGCUUCCUGGUCCUCCUCUUGCUGGUGUGCCUGUUCUCCUGCCUGACCAGUGUGCACCGUCGGGCGGAGAAGGCGCGGCAAAUUGCCCUCAUCGCCCAGCAAGCUGGCAAGGGGGAUGGAGACGCAUUCGUCAAGGUUGUUCAAGAGGCCUAUACGCGGUUCGCUGAGGAGUCCACUUUGACGUCUACGUGGGACAACAGCAAUGCCACAGAAAGCACGGAGGUCACUAUUAAGGGUCUGGAGGUAUCUAAAGCAGGCCGCUACCACACUCUCUCCUCUGACAAGAACUUCCUGGAGAUGAGCGACUCGGGGGUAGAGUUCAACUCCUCCGGCCUCCCGUUAGACAGCGAAUACGAGACGGACGUGCCCCAGACCUUCACCUCCCACAAGCUGCUCCUCAACAACUCUGACAGCGUGGCAGCCACUGUCAUCCCAGAGGGAGAUCGAAGCGCCAACCGGAACCCCGACUCGGCCAUGAGCCCCAGCCUCGUGACCCAGGCCCGCUCUGAGGCCGACGCCCCUGAAGAAGACCUGAUGGGUGACAGCACGCCAGAAAUGACAUCCAGGGGCGCCGAGCUGGCUGGAGGACUUAAGGCAGCCGACAGUGUUGCUGAGCCUGGCGAUUAAGCAAGCAGCCCAUUGAUUCCCAGUGCCACCGCAGAGAACACCAUCACCUGAGAGCACCUGCAUUGUAUUCCUAAAAGUCAGACACAAACCACCGGACACCCUAACAAUCUUUACUCUUCAGCCUCAAUUACUCCCCCACUCACACAGACACAACCCAAAUCCCGAUCACUGCUUCUUUUUUUUUAACCUAAAGCUACAAAAAAAAUACUUGGUGUAAAAAUAGCCAGUCUAAAUGCACUAGCCUUUCUAAAGAGGAAAAAUAUAAGAACUUAGCUCAUUAGAACACAUGAAUUCAGUGCAUACAGGAAAUGCAUGUGUAACGGAGUUAAGAACGUACCGUACCGUAAGCUCACUCCAUAGCUAGGUUGAAAUGUCGCGGAUGGAGCCAUCCAAUUGACACCUUCUGGGUGGCUCAACCCGUUGGAAUGUUGUCAAGGAGGGCGGUCACGUGUGUUGUGAAGCAGAGGAUCACUGGUUCGAGCCCAGUAUGUGGCAGUUGGACUGUGGAGGAAGCUAAGCUGUUAACAGCACACUGACCCCCGUUACACAAGUUUUUAAAUUAGACUUAAAGCUAGAAUGUAUCCUUAGCUGGCCCAAGAGGGAAUUGAUAGUACUAAUUACUGAUAGUACUAAGUAUUAAAAACCACAGACUCAGAGAUAAUAUCUAAGAUAACUUGGUGGACUAAGGGAAAACGCAAGAUUAAAAUGUCCAAAAGGAAUGAGUGCACACUGAUAUCAAAGUAAAAAAAGUUUUAAAUAAUCCUGUAAAAAUGUAUCCCAGAUUUCCUAUAAUGACAAAAAUGAUAACAUUUCUGACAGAGCUACAACAUAUUUAAUCCAUCUUUCUUAAUAGCAUUGAAUGUCCCUACCACUGAUACUGUAUGUGGGGCCAUAUACAUAGGAGCAAAAUGUAUGACAUAGGCCCAGGGUAAUAGACCAACUUAAUUUUACAAAUAAAAUUGUAAUACUAGACUAACAAAACCAAUAAAGACAACUUUAUUUUCAAAAAAAUCUUGGUAAAUAACGCUUCUGACAACCACAAGCCCAUAGUUUCUGACAUAGGUCUAUACCGCUACAAUUUCAUUACAUAACAGAAAUUACAGGCAAGGCAGAAGGCCUUGGCACCAACUCUCAGCAUAUAGCCUCUAUAGAACACCAGAGUUGGAGAGCUAAUUCUUGAUAACUGAUACAAGCCUCGUAGAUUGAAUAACACCAUGCUAUGCAAGAAAGCUUGUAGUGUCCCUGGGCAUGUAACAAGGUGUCCAAAUCUCUGCCACUUUUGAUGACAUCAUCCAGUAAAACACAGGUUUUAAACAUCCCUUAGCUUGCAACGCAAAUGACCCGGAACUAAUACAACAGCAACUUAACAUCACGCCAUUUUGAACCCAUCUACAUAAGGGCAUGUUUCUCAUUACUGCAGAAAAAACCUUGAAACAGGGACUUCUGGUUGGAAGGGACCUAAACAUUUAGAUUGUUGCCCUUUAAUAAAGACACACUCAGGAGUGAUAAAAUGAUGACCUAUUGACAAUGAAUGACCUGCAUGAUGUCACCCUUCCUUCUUUUUGUAUCCAAUUGGUAGUUACAGUCUUGUCUCAUCGCUGCAACUCCCAUAUGGACUUGGGAGAGGCGAAGGUCGAGAGCACGUCCUCCAAAACACAACCCAACAGCACUGCUUCUUGACACAAUGCCCACUUAACCCAUAAGCCAGCCACAACAAUGUGUUGGAGGAAACACCUGGCGAUCGUGUCAGAGAGCACUGCGCCUGGCCCGCCACAGGAGUUGCUAGAGCGCGAUGGGACAAGGACAUCCCUGCCCGCCAAACCCUCCCCUAACAUGGACGAUGCUGGGCCAAUUGUGUGCUGCCCCAUGGGUCUCUGGCCGGCUGCGACAGAGCCUGGACUCGAACCCAGAAUCUCUAGUGGCACAGCUAGCACUGCGAUGCAGUACCUUAGACCACUGCACCACUCGGGAAGCCCCCUUUUUUCAUUCCUAUUUUGCCUGACUCCACGGCCCAAAAUGAACUAAGUGCUGAAUUGAUAAAUGCUAGCGAUUAAGCCAACUUUCCUGACAUACUGAAAACACAUCGCUUACUGAGAUUGGCGCGCCAACAAAGCCAGCAAAGUUAUUACGAUUCAAUGAACUUGCCGCUGCAUUCAUCAAAGUCUUUAUGGGAGAAGGUUUGCACAUUUCCUUUCAACACAUUAGGUACUGUCAGAUUCAUUUAUUUGAACCAAACAUCCCACCCAGAAUCUCAAUUCAGUACAACAUUUUUUCAAACGCAUUGUAUUUCAGAUGGGUGAGGAUGCACGACUAGAUUAUAAGAAAGCGGUAAAGUCCCAAUGCAAAACAGAACAUGAUUCUUAAUCCAACAUCGUGGUUGCUGAACUGUUGAAAUGUCAAGAUUAUUGUAUUAAGUCCUAUGAGAAUUGUACUGUAAAAUAGGCCUAAUAUCCCGGAUCUAUUCAAUGUAUUCAGUCUGAACAGCAAAAACGCAGAACCGUUCAGAUAACAUCAGUGAGAGAUGUCCGUCUGUCCAUUUGCUGCAAAUAUAUAUUGCAAAGUCAUCCACCAUCCAUUUGCUUCAGUAACACUAUAUUAAUACACCCAUUACAACAUCUGACAAACCAUUCCACUAAGGAUUCCCAUUGGUUUCAACUCUAGUCCAAUCAGGUUCGGCAUAUUAUUAACGAGGGCAUUCUGUAUGUCAAUAAUUGGUGUGUGUACACAUGAUCAUGUUAAAAAGGUCAAAACAAAGGGAAUGAAGGGGUGUAACAGUCCCAGGAAUUUUGGGACGCGGCAUAGUUGUUGUUGGGGGACAGCGUCUGCUAGCAAUAUCGCUACCUCGUGUUGUGACCGAUUUAGGAUGUCAGUGAGUGGAACUCAACUGAGUAAGGCAGACAUGAUUGGUGUCUGAAAGAAAAAGCACAAAUAUAACAUGAGAAACAGUUAAAAGUAUAACAAAAAUGUUCAAAAUGGAUUUAAUUGCAGCUGUUGUAAAUAACACUACCGACAAAAUAUAAAGUAUGAUUCUACGUUCCUUUUUUUGGUUGAAAAUGAAGGUUAAAUUGUUUUUAAAUCAACAUGAGAAUGUCGGACAGCGUAAAUAAAUAUCUUACGUGUAAAUUCAUCAUAUAUGAUGUAGCUACUUGAUCGUUGCUAUUCUAUCGGCUAUUUAUAUUGGUUUUGUAGAAUAUAAUUUAUUUAUAGAUUUGUUUUCAAUUGGUGUUUCACUUGCACUAAUUGUUUAGAAUUGAUGACAACUUUGACUAAAGACAAUGUAAAAGCCACCUUUAAAGCUAUCCCUUUCAUAUCAGGUAACAAGCUACUGAAUCCAUGGUCUGAUGAGGUACAUUUGACCCAUUCCUAUUUUAACUAAUUAAAGGGGGAUUGAUUUUUAAUUGAAUCUUGAGCAAUAUCUGCGCUUUAGCACCGAAAAACAAAGAUAUAUAUAUCUAAAAAUCUUACCUUACAAAUCUUACCCAAAGCUCACUUUCAAGCACUCUUGUAUAUAGCCGAGAUAUAUUGCAUGUGUAUAGCCAAUACUGUUUCUUACUGCAAAGUUAUGCAAGAUUUUAUAUCCCUGAGUUGGGUCAUUUAUCCUUUCACUAAGUUCACAGUAGUUAUACUGAUAUACGUAAUGUAGGAGAUGCCUUAGACUGAGUGAUCGAGGAGACAUAAUAGCAGUAAAAUGCCGAUUUUUCUGUCUCUCGUUCUCUUCUCUCUUUUCCAUCACACAUCAUCUACCUAGAGUAUCACACGAUAGUAUCGGCACCUCAGAAUGUUUUUUAGAAAAUGCUAGACAUGCUUGAACAUUUCAUAAGAACUCUUAGUAUCACGACUACUUUAACUGAUAUUACACUUUUUUCUUCUUAUGCAGAUAACUGCUGUCAGCUAUAGUGUACCCAAAAACUACUGCUGCAUGUUGAGCCGUAGGUUGCCUGUGAGACAGCAGGAAUACUGCCAUAUUUAAAUUGCAACGUAAAUACUAUCUUUUUGGUGUCUGUUCAUGCAGUCAAAGAGGUAUUCUCAUUGUCAAUAUUACUAUGGCUCAGACUGGAAUAAUGUACACGUCGCCCGCAAAAGCCAUUACAAAAUCACCUCUGCAAUUUUCACAAUGAUUCUAUUUCCUUAAUAUUGAUGUCAGCCAACAUGGUAUGUAAAACAAAUGGUCAACCAGAGUUGAGAGUAAGUCUGGAGUGACUUUAUGCUAUAUACAGGUAGAAAACGUGGGAUUUCGGCAACAAAGUAUGACCAUUCAUUACAAAGUAAUUCAUUAUUAGUAGUAUUUAGUAUUCAGCAAUCUAUGUCCAUUUGAUCUACUUCAGGGUUGAGUUCACAAGGCCGAAGUCCAUAGCUGAAUUCAGCUGAAUGGUAUACCUGGCAAGUUUAUUUCAGGUACCUUGGCGGGAAAAGAUGUCAGAUGUAAUCAGGAAAACUGCUUCUGAAAAUGAAAUGAUGCGUGCUAACCGUGGUUAUUAUGAUUGCAUUUUAUUGUUUUGUUUCAUUUAAAAUGAAUUACUUUCCAAACUUGCCUGUUAGGUUUAAGUCCAGAAUUCAUACUGUUGGCUCUCUCGCUAUAUUAUCGUUGACUUUUAUAAUACUUCGCUAUCACGUACGAACAACUAUGCCCUUGUGUGCUAGAAUAAACCAUUUCGAAAAUGUUAUACUUUUGGCAUCAUGCACAGCAUUUUUAGGAAUAUUUUUUUUCUUCUGUAAUGAAUGAGCAAUGUCCAUUAAAGGAUUUGGA